AGUGGAAAGCUGGUCCAAAUCGGUAACAACCUUUCGCCAGCUACUGUCGUUACCGGGUCACUGACAAUGUCUAGAAUAUGCUCUGAACGCCGUCAACCAGGGUGUAACGGCCCUUGGCAUCAAAGGUAUGGUGGCCCCAGAUCCGCCGCCGCUGGCAAACAGCUACAGCUACUUACUGUCUGCCUCGCCGGAACACAGCUACCAACGGAAUCGUCCUGGCCACUGAGAAGAAGUCGUCGUCGCCUCUGAUCGACCCCCCCUCCCUCUCCAAGAUCUCCCUGAUCACGCCCGACAUCGGCAUGGUCUACGCCGGCAUGGGCCCGGACUACCGGGUGCUCGUCGACAAGGCCCGCAAGGUCUCGCACACCGGCUACAAGCGCAUCUACAACGAAUACCCGCCCACCCGUAUAUUAGUGCAGGACGUUGCCCGCGUCGUACAGGAGGCGACGCAGUCCGGGGGUGUCCGACCGUACGGCGUCAGCCUGCUGAUUGCGGGCUGGGACGAGGGCAUCGAGCCCGAGACCGGCGAUGCCCAGCGCGGCGACGAGGGGGAGGACGAACCCAAGAAGGCGACCGGCAAGACGGGCGGCAUCCUGAAGGGCGGCCCCAGUCUGUACCAGGUCGACCCCAGCGGCAGUUACUACCCGUGGAAAGCCACGGCCAUCGGCAAGCACGCCACCAGCGCCAAGACCUUCCUCGAGAAGCGCUACACCGAGGGCCUGGAGCUCGAGGAUGCCAUUCACAUUGCCCUCCUGACUUUGAAGGAGACCAUUGAGGGCGAGAUGAACGGGGACACGAUAGAGAUUGGUAUUGUUGGACCUCCUGCCGAUCACUUGCUGGGCUUUGAGGGCGUCGAGGGCGCGCGGGGACCCCGGUUUAGGAAGUUGACCAAAGAGGAGAUCGAGGACUAUCUGACCAACCUAUAAACUGCUCCGCCUUGUUACACGUUAUUGGCGGGACCUUAUAG